GGUAACUGGUAAGAAACGUGGUGUGGUGUGGUGUGGUGGUGGAGAGAAUGGGAAUUUCUCCUCCUCUUGUUUUUCUUUCUUAUUGCUGCUACCGCUUUAUUUCGUUGUCUCCUUCUCUCAACAAACAAACAAACCCCUUUGCACCUUUCUUCUGAUUCUCCUUCUCCUCUGAAACUCUCUCACCUUGCGUUUUUACGAUCCUCACUCAAACGUCGCCGUUUCCUAAAUUCUUCUUUAUAAAUUCCACACUCUCACCUUCAUUUCCCUACUUCUGUCAGAAUCUUCUUCACGAUCAUACACUUUCUCCGUCUUUUCUUUUCGGUUUCUUGGUGCUGUUGGUGUAUUGUGCAUCAUUAUUUCUGCAUGUUCUGGCAAAACAUUGGUUUUGCCUUUGCAUUGUGCAGGUUACCGAAGUGGGUGAUUUCUUGAUUUGGUAUAUUCCAUUACAUUGUCUGAAUUGCAGAUGGUGUUAUAGGUCCAUUUCAAUCUUGGAUUAACCGGGGAGACUAUAGAACUGACGAGUGACAACUUUGGCAUGUCCAAUAUACUCAGGACAUAUGAGCAUUAUAUGCCACAAUUAUGGAGUGUUGUAACCCGACUUCAUAUAGGAAGAAGGUAUAUCGUGCCAAAGAAUAUCAGUUAGGAAGAAUUGUAUAGGCCUUGAUCAGCUGCAUUGUGUCCUUUUGAGUCAUGGUCAUCCCUUUGUUUAGCGCGAAAUGCCCUAGCUAUCGUUCUGAGGAUAUUGUGGCAAUAGACUGGUCACAUCCAAUGUUUAGUGAUGCAAGCUGUCACUGUGAGCUGUUACAGGAAAUUUAGGGAGGAUGGAACUUGUCACACACCCUUGUGAUUGUUCUAAUUGGUGCUCUGAAGUGCUAAAAUAUGGAUGACAGUAAACCUCAGCGCACUAACUGCCCAUAACUUCUAAAAUUUCUUGUCAAAUGCUUGUUCUCUUAAUAUGGAAUCUGCUAUGGAAGUGUUUCUGUUUAGUGGGGGCUGAUAUAAUGAGUAAGGAAGUACAAAUUUCGUAGAGCACUCAACACAUUUACAUGCAUUAUGGAGACUUCAAUGUUGAACCAUUAGGGCAUACCAUAGAUGGAGGAGGCUUCUGUAGUGAUAUGCUUACUCUCCUAAAUGACAUAGACUGCUCUCUAUCUCAGUUCAGUUUUCUGGUUCUGGGAACAGUUGGUUUCCCCAAUAAUGCAACAAUUCAUGGUUGGGAUUGGUGUAAUACUGGACCAUUGUUUAUUUUGAGGUGAACCUUUGAGUUCGUUGAUAUGGCAGCUGUUUGAUAGGCACAAGUUGGUUACAUCAUCUUCACUCAUGAUUAUAAAUGUUCUGGAAUUAUAUGAAACUAAUGUCAAGGCAAGGUGUUGAUAGCCUAACAAAAUUGCAGGCGCUCUUCCUCUUGCUGUACCUAUUUAAGGGCAAUGGAAAAUAUUUUACUUCCGUGUGAAAGCCUGCACAAUCCUAAUUUUAGUUGUCAUGCUUUACUGGGGGCAAUGAAUGGUCUUCACAAGACAAACAAUUGAGUUUGAUUAGAAUUGGAUAUAGCAAGGAGUUUUAAAUGUUAAGACUAAUUUUGGUAAACAGAAAACUUCUAUGUGGAGAUAUCCCAUAUUACUGUCAUUGAAGCUUUUGUACUUAUUGGAAAGUUUCCAAUUUUUUUAAAUAAAAUCCCAAUAUACCGCAAGAUAUAGCUUGAAAGAUGAACAAAAAAUAUCAUGUAGAAUAUUUAACAGUGAAAUCUUCACACUUUGAAAGCAUAAUGACUGAUUCUCUGUUUUGAUGUUUGGAUAUACUUUAGUGUUUGGAUUCUAAAGAAAUCUGAAACUAUACUUUAAAAUUAAGUGAGGCAUGUCUAAUAUAUUACUUUCUGAUAUUUGACGGCUUCAAUAAUUUUCCGUUUAAUAAUAUUUGUCCAUUGAGUUUUUAUCACCUUUGUAGCCUAGUGUUGUUUUAUAUAUCUAUGCUAACAAGAGUUUAUAAUAAAAAAAGAUGCUCAAGACAGAGCUUUCCACUGAAAAGCUAUUUUUUGUGUAAAAUUAAGCAUAACCAAACAUGUGAGAUCCCUAACUUAUACAAUUAUAAUAUGUAUGCUGAUAUUCAUUUGCCCAAACUCUUUUAAACAAUUUUAUUUGAUUUAUCAUGGUUUAUUAAAGGUAACAAAUUUUGUAAUGCCUUUUCUGGUUUUCCUGAGGAGGCUAGGUUUUGAUUCUUUUGAAUUUCUGCUUAUAAACGAAUGAGCUUAUAUUCUCUAUUUUAUAUAGGUUUACAGUUUUACCAAUAUAAUAUUCUCUUCAAUGAUAUUUCUCAUUGUAAAAAUAUUGUUUUGUAGUAAACAGUUUUUAUCCGACUGUUUUAUAUGCUUUCCUCUACAUUUCUGCUAUGCUAUUAGACAUACAUCUCUCUGUGUUUCUUUGUCUCUCUGUCUCUACUCCUUCUCUAAGCAAGUUUGUUCUUUAAGCAAGUUUCACUCUAAGUUGCUUUGUAUUUUUUUCCUAAGAAAAAAGGUUGUGGAGUGAAAUGUUCUGUGGUUUUUCGUAGUUCCUUGGAUUUACUUAAUUUUGUUUAUGUUUCUUUGGUCUUGUCUUGUUUACUGUUUAGAGGGCAUACAUAAGAGUACUUCCCUAUGUGCUCAAUGCCUGUGCAUUGUUGAUAAUUAUUUUAAAGUGCAGGAAGAGAUUAGAAAAUGCUAACACCUUCUAACACUUGCUAAAUCUUACCCAGACUAGAGGGUGCUCCUUCUGUAUCAGUGGAUAGAGGCAUGGGUGGCUUCAAUUAGUAAAUUAUUUGCAGAUCUGAGUCACUUACGGUGUCUAUUUUGACACAUAGAGAUUCCAAGUGACAGUAAUGGGGCAUAGGCAUGUAUACAACACAUCUCCAUUGUUUGAGGGUGAGCCUGACCAGAACUGGAAUCAUAUGCACAUUGAUCAACACUAUGUGCACCUUGGUAGAACUGGCACUUCAGAGAAUGGUUCUUUUAUUUAUCCUCCGGACAAUAUGUCUAUAGAUAACAUUUCUUUCCCCUCUCAUUGGAACUCUUCCACAAGGUCAAAUGGGUAUGCAUCCUCAGGUCACAACAUUGAUGUACCUCCUCAUCAGCCAGAUGCAUCAGGCACUUCUAAUAAUGAUCAUUUUGUGCAUUCGUCUAAUGCUGGAGCAUUCUUUACAGUGUCAGAUAAUCACGUACACCAACCUUCUUCCAAUUAUGACAGACAUACAUUUAAUGUUGAUAGUAGUUUUGUUGAUCUUACAAUGGGAAGUGGACAAGGCCCUCACAAGCGUAAGAGCCCUGGAAUUUCUCCAGUCUACGAGAGAGGCAGUACAAGUAGAUACUUCAAUGCUGGAAGUUCAAGUGAUCUUCCUAUAUCUUCGGAAUUAUGGCAGGAUAAGCCAAAUAUUGAUUCUCAAUAUAUGCACUGGGAUCAUUUUACUAUGACACCCACAUUCAGAGGUUCUGGCCUUUCAGUAAAGGGUGAGGGUUCUUUGCGGAAUGUGAGGAGCCGCUCUGCACUUGAUUUGGAUUCCAACCCAUCAAGGACCCAUUUAUCCACCAAUCAUUCUCACACUUCUUACCCUACUCUCCCACCAGUAGACCAUUCUAGUUUGGUGGAUGUUUCUGGUCAGACUUCCACAUUGACAAGGGAUUGGAGCCAAAUGAACAUACCUCCAGCUAAUGGAAGGGUUUUAUUACCAGAUACAAGUGCUUUUGGUCUUGAGACAAGUCAUUUCCUUGUUGGAAGUGGUGCUACUGUUGGCAAUGCUUCUGUAGAUGUUGGGUGCUUCCAUCAUGAAUUUGGUACAAGCAGAAAUCCUGCUCCUACUCAAAGUUUUCAAAAUAAUCAAACUCAGAAUGCUAGGGGAAUUCAAAGCAACUAUUCUCAGAGAUCCACUCCAACUUUUGGGGCUUCUUCGAGCUUGCGCAUGGGACAUGUAACAUCUUUGGAUGAAGGAUUGCCUAUGGUAGCUGAAAGUUACUCUUCUAGACAUCCAAGGCCAUUGAGCACCCUUGGCUGGCGGAAUGGUGAUAGAAAUGGGAGGUCAAGAAUUUCAAGUCAAAGAUAUCGCACGUUGACUGAGGAGAGUGGUCUUGCCGAACGAUUUGCCUCUGAGGGUUUCUUGGUUAUUGAGCGUGCAUCGAUGUAUGAUUCCAGGAAUAUCCUUGAUCAGCACCGAGAAAUGAGAAUGGACAUAGAUAACAUGAGUUAUGAGGACCUACUUGCACUAGGUGAAAGGAUUGGCAAUGUGAACACUGGACUCUCUGAGGAUAUGUUUUCCAAAUGUUUGACGGAAACAAUAUAUUGUUCAUCUGAGCAAAGUCAAGAUGAAGGAAACUGCGUAAUAUGUCUGGAAGAGUACAAGAACAUGGACGAUGUUGGAACACUUAAAACUUGUGGACAUGACUACCAUGUGAGCUGCAUUAAAAAGUGGUUAUCUGUGAAGAAAUUAUGCCCUAUCUGCAAAGCUUCUGCUUUGGCCGAGGAUACAAAGGAUAAAUAACUUGUAGUGUAGCAUAUAAUUAAUAUCAUUGUAUAUAUAUUUCGAGACAUCCCUCCAAAUGGAGAAAACAACCUUGCUUUGGAAAUGCUGUAAGAGGAAUGCUACUUUAUGUCAAUGGAUUUAUUUUCGGCUUCGAUCUCAAUUACGCGAAGCCUUGAAA